ACGCGCGCUCUCGCUGGUUAUGGUUACUCUGUGACUUUUUUUUCGUGUUUGACAAGAUGGAGGCGACGAACUUGGCGCUGUCGCCGCGGGAGUCGCUGAAGCCGCGCGCUGAGCACAAAUCGAUGCAGCUGAGCGCUAAACCGAAUCAAGUGAGCACAGUCUUAUUAUACGGCGUGCCCAUCGUCUCCCUUGUCAUUGAGGGCGUCGAGCGCCUCUGCCUGGCGCAGAUCUCCAACACCCUGCUCAAGCAGUUCUCGUACAACGAGAUACACAACCGCCGGGUCGCGCUGGGCAUUACCUGCGUGCAGUGCACUCCCGUCCAGUUGGAGAUACUGAGGCGUGCUGGUGCCAUGCCCGUCUCGUCUAGAAGAUGCGGAAUGAUCACCCGACGGGAAGCCGAGCGGCUCUGCAAGUCGUUCCUCGGGGACAACGCGCCGCCCCGCCUGCCUGACGACUUUGCCUUCGCGGUGCACCACGAGUGCGCCUGGGGGUGUCGGGGGGCGUUCCUGCCUGCUAGAUACAACUCAUCGCGCGCUAAAUGCAUCAAAUGCGCGUACUGUGGCCUCUUCUUCUCCCCCAAUAAGUUCAUCUUCCACUCGCACCGUGUCGGUCCCGGCGACAAGUACGUCCAGCCCGACGCCGCUAACUUCAACUCCUGGCGACGUCACAUGAAGCUCAGUGGAACCCCACCUGAUGAGGUCGUGCAUGCUUGGGAGGAUGUUAAGGCUAUGUUCAAUGGAGGGACUAGGAAGAGGAUGCUGUCUGCUGCUAGAAGAGUCCCUAUGCGCAGGCCAGAGGAGAGCGGCGAAAGCAAGCGCUCAGCGGGCAGCCCGCCCACUGCGCACGCGCCUGUGCCGCGGCUGGCAGACUACGUGUGGGGCGCACGUCUGCCGCUGCCGUAUGCUAUACCUUGGCUGAAGCCCACGCUCUGGACGCCAGGGGCUCUUACAGCGCUAAGCGGCGUAAGCGCAAUAGAGGAGCCGCGCGCAUUUCGUCCAGUGAGAACACACCACCUGGAGUCCCCGCAACUGUCCCCCGCGCUGUCCCCACCACGUUCGCCUAAUAGGUCUAGGUCUCCCAUAGCGUUGUCACCUCGACGGAGUCGCUCUCCGCACAGGUCACCGCCGCGCUCACCUCUCCGCUCGUCCCCACGCUCACCUCCCCGCUCGUCGCCCGCCAGAUCAACCAAAAGUGACCGCGACAGCGACGAGAGUGUUGAUAUUGAAACGACGGAGGAAGACCAACCGAAAGACGUGUCAUGCUGGCCAUGUCGCAGUGCGCCCACGCCCCGGCCGGACGAUUGCUGGCCGGGCUUGGUGCCCAAAGUUGAGAGAGAGGAAGAUAGGGAGCCCUGGCGACUGCCCGACCUGCGGCCUUCGCUGCACUACUUACAUGAUAGAGAAAGGGACGGCUGCGCUGCGUGCGUCGCGCCUCUGCCGCUGCUGCCUCCACCUGCGCCCGCGCCGCAUUAGCACAUACAAUUCGGCUCAUGCAAAUAUUAAACUUCAAAGUGCACCUGCAUAUAUAUUAUAUUAUUUCUACAUAUCUAUAUUACUUAGUAGGUAAAACAUAGUCUGAACGUGCGAAGCAAAGCAGCGUGGCACAGCAGCUACUUAUACUAUUUCUGACUUUCUUAUUUCGAUGUGAUAUCACCCUGUUUCAUUCGGCUGUCCGCUUAAAAAGUAAAUGUAAUUUUUUUAAAGAUUUCACUGUGAUUUUACUUCGUCGCCACAGUCGUAGGUACCUAAUGGCGGGAACUUCAAGUCACAUCACUUUGAUUGCAAUGUAUUCUAUUGUACUCUUAAAAAUUGUAUUUUUGUGCAAUAAAACGUAUAUAAAUAAAUAAAAAAGUAAAUCGUGCUUAUAGUAAGAUCCAAACGAGAUUUUUUCAAAAAAUGUGAAGUAGGAAAAUAUAUUCUGUGUUAGGUACCUAAAUAUUUCGCUAAAAAUAUAAAUCCUGUGCUGUUUUUAGAACGCAUUCAAUGUACAUUAGUAAUGUAAGAUAUUAUUGUUUUCCUGUAAGUAGGUAGAUAUGUACCUAGGUACCUACUAGGAAUAAGAUUUUUUAGGAUUAGCUACCCAUAAGCAAAUAGUUACCUACCUGUAAUGAGUAAGCUAACAUAUAAUUACGUACUAUCUAAGUAAUUAGUAACCAAUGAAAGCAAUCUGUACUAAUGAAUUGAAUUCAUACAAGCAUUUGAUCCUAGGAAGGUAUUUUUAAAGUAAAAUCAUAGUCAAUUGUAAUCUAGUCUAUUCUAGUUUUAAAAAAUUAAAUAAUUUAGGUGCAAUAAAAUUUGAAAACUCAGAAAAUUGUUGAUCACAAUUAGAUAUAAACUUAAAUCAUUAAGUACUUCAUAAUGAGGUUAAUGUUCGCGUCAUUGUAUUAGCACCGCAACCGCACCGCAACCAGCGACCGGGAUACACAUUUCAACUAAAAUUAUAUAUACUUACUAAAAUUAUUUUUGUAAAGUGAAUUACCUAACAUGUAAAUAUGUAACGUGACGACACUCACUCACCAUGCAAAUAUUGAAUGAAUUUUGAAGUAUUGCAUGAACGCGGCACAUUACAUAAAAUACAAAUGUGUCUGGCUGGCUAUGUUGUUCCCGCCUGGCCCAGGCAGUAACUCAAGAGCUGGCUUGAUGUCGCCAGGGAUGAUAUGCGUGCCAAAUAGGGAUGUUAACGACCAUAAUGUUAGCGUAGUCUGACAAAUAGGGAUGCCAACGACCGUGCGAAGUGAAAAAGAAAAUGUAGGAAAGCGGACCCUGGGUUCUAACGCUAAACGGCUGAGGAAGAAACCGGGAAAAUGCUCAGAUGAGGACAGGGUCCUACUGCUGGGCAAGGAUAUUUAUUCCUUUCUUUACCACAAACCUUGUACUUGUGUUGUUUGUACGUUAUGAAAAAUAUAAUUUAAUCGCACAUUGUUCAUAUUCUAGUCAUGUCGUCUAAACUUAUGAAAAAAUACGAGUAUAUAUACAUCAGUACCUAUCUAGUACCUAAGUAGAUAAAAGGCGGCCAACUUUCUGAAUCAGCUUUGGAGAGUGCUAGCUGAAACGGGGCAUGUAGGACGAUUGUAGGUCUAUUUUCAAAGAAUAAGGGACGUAUGGCAGCUUUCAAUCGAAAAAUUUUGUAUAUAGAAUACUAGUCAAGCUAAGAAAAUUAUAACAUGUUUAAUACAUAUCACUACCUAUCUGUAUUAUGUUAGUGAAAAAAAUGCUAAAAGUCAUGUAAUUAUGUAUAUUAUGUACUUAAACAAUAUACCUAUGUAGU